AUGGCAGCAACCCUUAGUUCGACCGCAGGGGACGUCCCCUCGCAAGCAACAAAACUUCCCAAACGAGGCGCCAAGUUGACGAUUCCGGCCGCGGCCGCUUCCCUAUCCGCGAACAUCACGAGUCGCCUACGAAAUCAGCUGCCUGUAUCGAGUCCCAGUCCUGUCAACCAGAAUGGCAGCUUCGAGUUCGACCGGGUCAUAAAGGCUGGCUAUGUACAGAAGCGUACACAAAAAACCAAGACAUGGAAAUCAGUCUACCUGGUGCUGCGGCCAAACAACCUAUCUCUCUACAAGUCCGAUAAUGAGAGCAAACUGCGCCACAAAGUAUACCUGUCCGAUUUAUCCGCGGCCACACUUCUCAAAGACCCCAAGCAGAAGCGCCAUAAUCUGUUCGGUCUCUUUUCUCCCGCCAAGAACUACCACUUUCAAGCACCGAGUGCCAAGGAUGCGCAGGAGUGGAUUGAGCUCAUCCGCCAAGAUGCGCGGAUAGAGGAGGAGGAGGAGGAGAUGUUCUUAGCAAGCCCGAUUGUGCGGCGCCAGUCGUACAACGCUGUUGGCCUGCUGGGAAACAAUAACACGUCGGGCGUUCUGAAAGAAACGUCCAUGGAUCAUGACAGGUGUCUCUCGUCCUCACCGGAACCGACAGACCCGCUGCCACCCAAACCCCUAUCCUCGUCAGGCAGGACGCUUUCGCAAUUAGAGUCAUCAUCAGGCGGAAUCUCGAGCAACGACUUCGUAUCUCACUCGGAUUUCUCGGACUGUGAGGCUCCCCGGGUGGGUGCAUCCAUGGAAAAUCUAGCAGUGCGAUCGCUCUCCAAUUCGGCAGCCCAGCUCCGGCCGAUGCUUGGGGGUAGGAAUCAAAGCCAACUAAGCGGUCUCAACAUUGAAAACGACCCUGAUAGAGUGGUGUGGCAGGGAUGGUUACAACUGCUGAAACAUAAGCGUGGUGUUAGGCAAUGGAAGAAUUGUUGGGCCGUGCUUCGGCCAAGGAACAUGAUCCUUUACAAGGACGAGUCAGAGUAUACGGCCGCUUUCAUCAUGCCACUUUCAACCGUCGUCAAUGUCGUCGACAUUGAUCCUCUCAGUAAAGCCAAGCUGCACUGCAUGCAAAUUAUCACCGACGAGAAGAGCUAUCGCUUCUGCGUUCAUGACGAAGAGGGACUAGUGCAAUGCCUGGGCGCCUUCAAGAGCUUGCUCUCGAAAAGGAGGGAGCUAGAAGCGUGGCAAAAUGCAGCAGGUACCCCCAGCGGUGCAGCAUCGUGA